AUGGAGCUCAUUGACAAGACAGUAGAGCUGCGAGGCAGUCAAGUGCUCAAUAUGCACUCCUAUCAUGCAAUCAUCUGGCAACGAAGAAUCAUGGCGUUUGCGACACUUCUUGCAUGGAUCGGUGUCGUGUUAUUGGUAGCCGCGUUGGCGACAACGCAGUGGGCGACGAUUGAUUUCCUUAACACCGAAUACCAACCAGUUCAUGUGGAUCUGGGGGUCUGGGGAGAAUACCGGACAUUGAACAAUUUCAAAAAGAUCACAGUUGAAUGGAUCCCUCACUUCCCAGCUCCACCAGAGAACAUUCUUCGCCUUGCCGAUACCAAUUUGAAACACUUCUACCGAUCCCAAGCUUUCCUCGGAUGUAUCGGAGCAGUGCUGCUUCUGUGCACCAACGUUCUGGCCAUUUACACUUUCUAUCAUCAUCGUUACAUGUACAAGAGAGCCGUAGCUGCCUUAUAUCUUCUCGUUGUUAUGUGCAUUUUCGGAGCUAUCGAAAUCCUCUCAAGCAGCAUCAAUGAAUGGAACACUGCUGUCGCCCGGAACGGAGAAUUCGACUAUGAAGCUGGAAAGAAGAUGGGAUACUCCACACGUCUCGCUCAGGGGGCAAUUUUCACCAGUUUGGUCGCCUGUCUUGCAUUCGCUUUCGGAUCACACAAACAAAAGGGAGAGCAUGCAGCAACUGCUGAAUUGGAGAUUGAAGACAGAGAAUAUCAUAUCGGACGAUAA